UGGUCCCAGUGUCCAGCGGUUCGGGCGCUGGGCGGGGACCGCAGGCAGCGAGCCACCUGAGGCUGUCAACUUUACUCUCGCAACCUGCAUUGAAGACUAGUUUCCACGAAGCGAAGCCCUCGAGAUCUCCGUGCCAAGUUUGCGGUAGGGAAACCCCUUUGGGCUUGGCAGGUGCGGCUGGCGACGAGGAAGGCUUCCUGAGCUCUUCAGAUUUUUUUUCCCCCCAGACAUAAUGUCAAGUGAAGACGAUCAACAAUCACAGGCUCUUACCAAACCCACUUUCAGUGAAGCACAAGCCUGUGCAGUAGUGGAAUCAGUAUUUGGAUUAAAAGUUUCCAAGAUCCUGCCACUUCCUAGCUAUGAUGACCAAAACUUUCAUGUAUGUAUUUCAAGAACCAAAGACACUACUGAUGGUCCAGCUGAAUAUGUCCUCAAAAUAAAUAACACUGAGUCUAGCAAAACCCCAGACCUGAUUGAAGUGCAGAGUCAAAUCAUCAUGUUUCUGAGAGCAGCUGGAUUUCCAACAGCCUCUGUUUUUCAUACUAAAGGGGACAACAUAACCUCUCUCAUGUCUGUAGAUAGUGGGUCUGAAACCAAAAGCUACUUGGUGAGGCUGCUGACUUACCUCCCAGGAAGACCUGUAGCUGAAAUUCCCAUUAGCCCCCAGCUGUUAUAUGAAAUUGGAAGGCUAGCUGCCAAAUUGGAUAAGACACUGGAGAAAUUUCAGCAUCCGAAGUUAAGUUGUCUUCGUCGGGAGAACUUCCUCUGGAAUUUGAAAAACAUUCCUCUUUUGGAGAAAUAUCUGUAUGCCUUGGACCAGAAUCAAAAUCGAGAGAUUGUUGAACAAGUCAUUCAGCUGUUCAAGAAUGAGGUGAUGACCAAAUUAAUUGAUUUUCGAGAAUGAUUUUACUUUGGCUCCUUUUUUUCCCCUCUGCAAGUGAUAUGAUAAUGAACAUAUUCAUGUGUGUUUCCUAUGUGCAUAGACAGCAAUUUACCUCGGUUGUCACUAGCCUUUUGACCCAGCCUGAAGUACUGAUCAAAAGACAAAGGAACUGAGGUGAUUUCUCACAAGGUUGGAGUAGGCAGUGUGCGUCUCUUUUACCGUCCUCUUUAUGUGCGAGGCAGCUCAGACUGCCACUAAAAAACAAUACCAUAGACUGGGUGGCUUAAACAGCAGACAUUUAUUUCUCGCAACUGUGGAGGCUGGAAGCCUGCGAUCAGUGUCCCAGGAUGGUCAGGUCUACAGAAAGCCAUGGAAGAGAGUAAAAGCAGGCUCUUUGGUUUCUCCUUUUAAAGAUACUCAUUUCAUCAUGAAGACCUAACCCUUGUGGCCUCACCUAAAUCCAGUUACCCCCCUGCAGAUAGCCCUUUCUCCAAAUACCAUCACAUUGAGAGUGAGAGCUUCAACAUGGGAAUCAAUUGGGAUGCCAGGGAGGUGGGCACGCUGGGCCCACGGCACUUUCACUGUUAAGUGCAGUGUAAGGUGGGAGCAUCAAAAGAGCUGAUUUUACCUCUGAAACAUGUUCUUCCUCCUUGUAGUCCCCUCACUCCCAUUCACCUUCAUGCUUUUAAAUGGUGUCCAUCAUUCACCAUUCUUCUGGCCAAAAACUUCUAGGUGUCAUCACCUUUAGCUUUGUUCUUUUUCUCACAAGUCACAUCCAGUCAAAUUCUGUCAUUUCUAACUACAAAAUAUGCCCCACAUCUAACCACCUUUUCCCAUCUUUACUACUACCACUUGGUCCAAGCACCAUCUCUCAUCUGAGUUAUUGCUGUAAAUUCCAAACAGGUUUCUCUGCUCCUGUUUCUCUCCCUGCAGUGUGUAUUCAUGUAUGUUCUCUCUUUAAUUUGUAUUUUGUUUAUUAUUACUUUAUUGAGGUUCUUCAUGUUGUCAUGGUUCAUCUUCAUGUUUGAUGGUUAUUGUGAUUUUAAUACACAUUUCCCUGUAUAUUGACCAUUUGGAUAAGCCAUUUUAUGAAACCCCCAUUCUAGUCUUUUGCUUGUUUUUCUAUUGGAGUGUUUUUUGGUUAUUGUGAUAACCUUUUGGAAUUACCAAUUAACUUCAGACAUUUGGAAUAUUUUCUGGCUACAAGCUUCAUGUUGAUUAUAUGUGUUGAAAUAUUCCAUUCCAUGGCUUAUC